AUGAGGCGCGGUCGGAGAUUGUUGGCACUUGUGAUACUUUUGGAACUUUUCGUCCUGGGACAUGCCACGUUAUUCGGCGGUGGCGGCUGCUGCUGCGAAUGUAACAUGCCGAUCCCAUCACACUGCGAGUGUCCUCCUCCACCUCCGCCACUGCCGAUCUGUCCGCCACCAGUUCCCUGUCCACCACCAAUAUGUCCCACCUGUCAAAUAUGUUCCCCGCCACCACCUUGUCCACCACCACCUUUAUGCCCUCCGCCUCAGCCUGUUUACUUACCGUCAUCCAGUUGUAGUUGUGGCGCUCCAGAUAUUGCCACUGGCGGCUAUGCUUCUCCUAUAGGCCGAAACAUCGGGCCAGUGCUAGGCGGAUCCUACGAUGUUGUACAGAAGGGCACGCAAAUUACUGGAUUAACAGUUCCACGCGAUGCUUCACCUCCAUCUGUAGAGCCGAAUCAUUUGCUGGGACCAGAUAGAGAUCCCGGCAUCCAACAACUGCCUUUUAUUCAAAAUAGAAUUGAGAAAUCAGACGAUCCAACGGAUCUGGACAUCAUUAGUCAAUUACCACCGUUAUCGUCAACAGUAGCAUCAGUAACGGAGCGAAGAGCUCAUGGAGCCGUUGUGAUUUCCGAGAAUAAAUGCAACAGUGUAGUGCUGCGGGAUUUGCUUAUAAAGAACAUGGAUCAAACGGAUCCGGUAGUAUCGAAGCGAUCGAUACACAAAGCAGCUCAGGAAAGUAUGAAGGAGGACGACAUGGACGUUAUUUGCUCGGAUUCAGGCUUUACUUAUAUUGUCAGUACCACUGAAUAUUGUGAAGCGCAAAAGGAAAAAGUUAUUUGUUUCGUGUACAAAAAACCAUAA